CUGAGUGGUCCCACAAGUACUUGUGGGAGCACAGCGGUGACUUCCUUCGUUAGCUAGACAGCCUCAACAGCACACAUUUCUUUUAAAACCCAUCAUGCAUUUUUGUCUCUUAACUAACGUUGAGACGAUUAAUUUUAGCCUGUGGCCAUCAAACUGCUUUGGGGCUGGAAAGGUCUGAGUGCUGGAGACCGGCCGCUCUGCAGGACCACUUCUGGGCCACUGGAGCCCAGGCAGAAGAGGCUCACUUCUGUCAGGAAAGGCGGUGGACGGGGUUGUUUUGGAACAGGACUCAGUGCCUCCUCACCGUUGGGACUCAUACUCAAAGAGCAGAGACGGAGGGAGGCUGAGGAGAAGAGUGAAGCACAGCCUGGGUGCCCUGAGCGAGCCAAGGGAACAGCUGGGGGCUGGGGAAUGCCUGCUGCCCCGCUUACUCUCCUGCCAGAACCCAGCGGGUGCCGCGGCUCCACACGGGGCCUCCAUCGCCGCCAGCGAGCCAUGUUCCAGGCUGCAGGAGCCACCCAGGCCACCCCCUCCCACGAAGCCAAAGGUGGCAGUGGCAGCAGCGCGGUUCAGCGCUCCAAGUCCUUCAGCCUUCGCGCCCAGGUGAAGGAGAUCUGCGCUGCCUGCCAGAAGACUGUGUACCCCAUGGAGCGGCUGGUGGCCGACAAGCUCAUUUUCCACAACUCUUGCUUCUGCUGCAAGCACUGCCACACCAAGCUCAGCCUGGGCAGCUACGCGGCGCUGCACGGGGAAUUUUACUGCAAACCCCACUUUCAGCAGCUGUUUAAGAGCAAAGGCAACUACGACGAAGGCUUCGGCCGGAAGCAGCACAAGGAGCUCUGGGCCCACAAGGAGGUGGACCCUGGCACCAAGACAGCCUGAGGCCCCUCUCACAGUCCACUCCCUCCUCCCUCCGUCGAGGGCCUGGAGCAGGCAGCGGGCAGGGUGGGAGAGAGGUUGGACCGGGCCCGGUGGGGGCAGGGUGGGAAGGGGUUGAGGCCGUCUUGCUCCGGCAGAGGGUCUUGGGGGCAGGGCUCUGCUCCGGGAUUCCUUCCUUCUCCCUCAGUGG